GCCCGGGGCUCCUCUGCAUGCCCGAUCCGGGGGGAGCGAGGCUGCCCGGGGGUCCCCAUGGCCUGACACCUCCCCGCCUCGGGUCGGAGUGAGAGCGGGAGCGCGGGGCAGGGAAGGGGAGGUGGCCUCGGGGCGGCCUUGGCCUCGCGCCUCCCCUCUCACCGUCCCCGGCUCCUCCCGCGAAAUCCGAGCCUGCUGUCAGGCGUGGGGCCGCGUGACGCCCGCACCUGUCGGAGGCCCCGGGCCGGCCCCGGCAGCCCGCCCUGCGGAGGAGGAUGUGUGGGGCCAGGGUCAGAGGCCCGCGCGGGGGAGCCCCCUCUCUGCCGGGGCCGCGUCGGGCCUGAGCCCUCCGGCAGCGCCCGCGCCUCCCCUGCCAUUUCCCGGAGAAGCGCCCGGCCCCGACGAGCGAGAUGAAGCAGAGGUCAAGGUGCAAUGUGGUGUUGGGAAAGGGACUUGGCAGCGGCGGCCACUGACCUUCACCCCCAGCUCCUUUCUGCCGCCCCUUGCUGCCGGGAAUAGAGGCUCCAAGCUGCAUCCUGUGGUUGACCAGAACCUGCUCUGCUGCUGGAGCCCCUGCACAAGCUGAGCUGCCUGGGGCUGGUCAAGGACGCUGGUGGCUGCUGACCAGGCCUGCCUCCUUCGCUGGGGUGAAAACAAAGACCGGAACCCUCGUUUCCAUCCGAACCCUCUGGCUGGCCAAGCCAGUAUUCACAGGUUUUGCGAUGGUGGCAGAGCCCGUUUUUAAAAGGUACCCAGGCUUUUGGAGGAUGCUCAUAGUGGCAAUGUGCACAGCCCUUCUGAGCUGCCUGCAGGCCCAGGAGCUCCAGGGACAUGUCUCCAUAAUCCUUCUGGGAGCGACUGGGGACCUAGCCCGAAAGUACUUGUGGCAGGGGUUGUUCCAGCUCUACCUGGACGAGGCAGGGAAGGGCCACAGUUUCAGCUUCCAUGGGGCUGCCCUGACAGCCCCCACGGAGGGCCAGCAGCUCAUGGACAAGGCUCUGGAGACCCUCUCCUGCCACCAGGACAUGGCCCUCGAUCACUGCACUGAGCUCAAGGACCAGUUCCUACAGCUGAGCCAUUACCGCCAGCUGAAGACGGCUGAAGACUAUCAGGCCCUGAGCAGGGACAUUGAGGCACAGGUCCAACAGGAAGGCCUCCGGGAGGCUGGCAGGAUUUUCUAUUUCUCAGUGCCUCCCUUCGCCUAUGCAGACAUUGCCCGCAACAUCAACAGUAGCUGCCGCCCGGGCCCAGGCACCUGGCUGCGGGUUGUCCUUGAGAAACCCUUUGGCCACGACCACGACUCAGCCCAGCAGCUGGCCACAGAACUUGGGAGCUUUUUCCGAGAGGAGGAGAUGUACCGGGUGGACCAUUACCUUGGCAAGCAGGCCGUGGCCCAGAUCCUGCCAUUCCGAGACCAGAACCGCAAGGCCUUUGACCACCUCUGGAGCCGGCACCAUGUCGAGCGGGUGGAGAUAAUCCUGAAGGAGACAGUGGACGCGGAAGGCCGCACGAGCUUCUAUGAGGAGUAUGGCGUCAUCCGUGACGUCCUCCAGAACCACCUGACUGAGAUCCUCACCCUUGUGGCCAUGGAGCUGCCCUACAACGUCAGUGACACAGGGGCCGUGCUGCGGCACAAGCUCCAGGCUUUCCAGGCACUGCGGGGCCUGCGGAAGGGCAGCGCCGUGGUGGGCCAGUACCAGGCCUACGGCGAGCAGGUGCGCAGGGAGCUGCAGAAGCCAGACAGCUUCCAGAGCCUGACACCAACCUUUGCAGGUGUCCUUGUUCAUAUUGACAAUGUUCGCUGGGAGGGCGUCCCUUUCGUCCUGAUGUCCGGCAAAGCCUUGGAUGAGAGAGUGGGCUAUGUGCGGGUCCUCUUCAGGAACCAGGCAUACUGUGCCCAGAGCGAGAGGCACUGGGCCGCGGGCCAGAGCCAGUGCCUGCCUCGGCAGGUUGUCUUCUACAUUGGGCAUGGCGACCUGGGCAGCCCCGCUGUGCUGGUCAGCCGGAACCUGCCCAGGCCCACGCUGCCCUCUGACAGCUGGAAGGAGGUGGAAGGCCGGCCUGGGCUCCGCCUCUUUGGCUGCCCUCUGUCUGAUUUCUAUGCCUAUAGCCCCGUGAGGGAGCGGGAUGCCUACUCCAUCCUCAUCUCACACAUCUUCCAUGGCCGCAAGGACUCCUUCAUCACCACGGAGAACCUGCUGGCUUCCUGGCAUUUCUGGACGCCCCUGCUGGACAGCCUGGCCCGUGAGGCCCCACGCCACUACCCGGGAGGAGCCAAGAAUGAGCACUUGUUGGACUUUGAGUUCAGUGGCAGCCAGCUGUCCUUUUCCCAGCAGCAGCUGGAGCAGCUGGUGCCUGGACCUGGUGCUGCCCCAAUGCCCCGUGACUUCCGGGUCCUCAAGGCCACGUACCGUGAGAGCCCGCUGAUCUUGGCCUGGGCCGAGGAGCUGAUCGCUAAGCUGGCCAAUGACAUUGAGGCCACAGCUAUGCGAGCAGUGCAGCGCUUUGGUGAGUUCCACCUGGCCCUCUCAGGUGGCUCAAGCCCUGUGGCCCUGUUCCAGCAGCUGGCCCUGCGGCACUUUGGCUUCCCCUGGGCCCAUACACAUCUGUGGCUGGUGGACGAGCGCUGCGUCCCACCCACGGACCCGGAGUCCAAUUUCCGGGGCCUGCAGGCCCACCUGCUGCAGCACAUCCGUGUCCCCUACUUCAAUAUCCACCCCAUGCCCGUGCGCCUGCAUCAGGGCCUCUGUGCCGAGGAAGACCAGGGCAGCCAGCUCUAUGCCCGGGAGAUCGCCGCCCAGGUCACCAACAGCAGCUUUGACCUGGUGCUGCUAGGCAUGGGGGACGAUGGGCACACGGCCUCACUCUUCCCUCAGUCGUCUACUGGCCUGGAUGGCAAGCAACUGGUCGUGCUGACCACGAGCCCUGUCCAGCCACACCAGCGCAUGAGCAUCAGCCUGGCCCUCAUAAACCGGGCCAAGAAGGUGGCCGUCCUGGUCAUAGGCAGGAUGAAGCACGAGAUCACCAUGCUGGUGAGCCGGGUGGGCCAGGAGCCCAAGAAGUGGCCCAUCUCGGGUGUCCUGCCAACUUCGGGCCAGCUGGUAUGGUACAUGGACUAUGAGGCAUUUCUGGGAUGAGGACACCUGUGCCCUCUGCUGAAAAGCCCAGGCUUGCUCCCCUGCUCUCUCCCUCCCCGCUCAGCCACCUGCCCCACAUGCCCUGGGUCUCUGCAGUCUGGUGCCCCAGGGCCAGACCCCUGAAGAGGGAAGGAAGAGGCCCUCUCCAUUUGUCUAGUUGUUGCAGGUAGACACAGAAACAAGGACAGGAUCCAUCCCUGCUCAUGGGAAGCUUCAAACCUAGGUUGGGAGAGCAAACAUUCACCCUAAAAAAGAACCUACAACUGCCGUUUACACACUAACACCCACCAGCACAAAACAAGAUGGUGUGAAAGUUCAAAGAGGGAGCUCAGGGACAAAGGGUAAUCAGGAAGUACUUCCUGGAGGAAGUGGCCCUGGGACUAGCUCCUGUGGAACACAAGACCACGGCCUGGAGAGGAGGGGGCCCAGCAUCCACACUGGGCAGAGGCCUCUGCGGCUCUGGGCUGGCCAAGCCCUGUACCCUCUCUGUCCUUUCCCUCCUGACCCUCCACCAUCCUCUCCUCUUGGUGGCUGCCUCCACGGGCUCCGUCUCUCUGGAAUCCUCCCUCCUCCAUCUUGUCUGUGGAGGAGGUCUGCCUGGUGCUCUGUCUCUGUGCUGCCCUUCAGAAACCACACACAGACUCCAUUUGCAACGUGGCUGGUAAUCACUUCGGGAAAACGGAUGAGGGGCGAUAACAGUUAUGCAGACGCAGAUACUAGGAUGCUACAGAGUUUCCAGAAAUCUCAAAGCUGUUGUUUGGAGCACCUUUCAUGGUUGAUGAACUUCUUUGCGUGGAGGACAGCUUCCUCAGGGAGCACCCUUGCCCUCCGCCCCCACGCCUUCCUCUGGCCAUACACCAGGAGACACAACUGAGUGCAGGUGAUCAGGCCAUCCCAGGGAUACCCCUUUAAGAGGGCUGUUUACAUCUUGGGGGACUGCUGAGUGGGUGUUCCUGCCCUCAGCCUCUCUUGUUUUACUAGGUGAGAUCCCAUGAAACCAGCCAUUCCCUGAUAGUGACGUCAGGUGAUGCUAAGCCAUGCAGGCAGCUCUGAUGGGAUGAACGGGAGGCAGGCUUCCUGGUGGGACAGCUGUAGUUCCCAGGCAGCACAGUGGCCCUGUCAUCUGUGCCAGGGAGUGGCAGUGCAGCCUCUCGGUGGUAGCACCUGAGCCUGCCCACCUUCUGCCUGCUGGCCCCUUCUGCCGCCGCUCAUGUCACCAUUGACACACUCUUAAAUUUGGGAAAAUCAAUAGGUGCCUUCUUGUUAGCAUAGGUUGGGUCCCGGGGCCAACAAUACCUGCUUCUUGGAAACGCCCAAGAGGGUCUCUGAAAUCUUAACAAAAAACAAAUACGCGUGGUACACAUUUAAAUUUUAUUUCAACUUUCCACAUAGUUACGCCCCCCAAGGUAUGACCGUACAAGAAUAAGAUAGGUUUUCCGUGACUGUUAUCCCUAUUCUGAGUCACACUUUGUAUCAGGCAAAUAACACACUUUGCAUGUCACACAGAAUUUUGGAAGAGAGGGCGUUUGUUUGGCAAGCAAGGAGCAUCCCUAAAUCUUUCUCGCCUUUUGAAUGUUUACACUUUCCACAAGGCUGCAGGUUGAGAAGUGUUACUUUCAUGUGAGAUGUUUGUAUGCAAAAGGGUUGGGCCAGGGGCUCAAGGCACUCUUGUUAAAAGUCAGCUUACUCCGGUCUCCAGCGACUCAGUCCAAACAGAACACCUCUCUUUAUACGAAGAUAGCUGACCUUGGCAGGACAGAACCAGGUGCCCGGGGUAGAGAAUCCUACUCCCUGUUGGUGGUCAGCUUUUGAGCUGUUUUGCAUCUGGUGGGUGGAGCCUCAGGAGUGGACACGUGAUUGCAGGUUAGAUUCCACCUCUGACCACAUGAGGGCGCUCUUGCGCCAUCUUUGACCAGUUGGCCGGUUCGUGUGCGGUUAUUUGCGUUUCCGCAUUUUCUUUCCUGGGUCCUUGGCCCUAGCACGCCCUCAUCUGUUCCUUAGGAACUUCCUCCUCUGUGCUUGCAACACCAGAGAGCGAGGGGCCUUCAUGUGCCCAGGCCUCACCGCAGGGCAAGGGUGAGCAGGCUUUUGAUGUCACCAUUUCUGAAUAACCGUGAGUCAUGCUGGGCCUGAGCUAGGAUAUCCUGUUCUUACUCAGGAGAGUGCCUGCAUCAAAAUGUGCUCUUUAUCUGUGACGACCGUGGGGAUGAGGGUGGGGUGAGGGCAAGAGAUACCAAAGACUUCCUUUCCAGAAUCAAGUGUUUUCUUAAAAUCACAUGGGGCGAGUCCACACUGAGUGACAUUGUUGGUGUCCCUUUGUUCUCUGUUACGAAGGGGACACUCAGAACCGCGCCAUCUUGGCAGCUGGUCUCAAACCUCGGACCAUGAUCCAUGAUAGGACACACACAUUACACCAUGAGUGAGUACUCAUAUUUGUGUAUAAAUCUGUGUUGCAAACAGAAGAUUCUCGGGGGAUUCUUACCCUCAGGACCUGGGCUAACUUCUGGUUUCCAUUUGAAAAAAAAAAUUGUUGCAAUCCAUUAAAUUGAGUUGGUAUGUAGUUUGAAAAAUACUGCUCUUAACCAUUACGUGCUCAGCUGCUAACCGAGAAAAGUUGGUGGUUCGAAUGCACCUGACAACUCCUUGGAGGAAAGACCUGGCAAUUUGCUUCCUUCUGUAAAGAUUAUGGCCCAGAAGUCUUUGGGCUCUGGGGCAGUUCUGCUCUCUUAGAGGAGGUCGCUAUGAAUCAAAAAUGGACUUGAUGGCACCCAACAACGGUCGGCUUCCUUCCCUGAUGCGCAGGGCCUUUUUGGAACUUAGCAGUGACUCUCAAUCUAGGCUGCUCCCGGCAUCUUAGCUCACGCUCAUAGGAGGCUGCUGCAGGGCUGGCUCAGUGGUGAGGGAAUGGGAUGAUCUUUCUGUUAGGUGAAGGCGUGGCUCCCAGGGCUGCUAGGAUCUCCGCACCUGUUCACCCGACGGGAGCAGGAGGAUAGGCAGCGAAGAAGCUGUUGUCAGAGGCGUGGAGGUUACCUGAGUGAUCGUUACACAUCAACAGGCUCAAAACCAAACCCUUUACUUAGCACCGUCUUGUUUGUUGAUGUUAACCCCCCCCCCAAAAAAAACCCCACUGCUGUCCAGUUGAUUCCAACUCAUAGCGACCCUAUAGGACAGAGUAGAACUGCCCGGUAGAGUUUCCAAGGAGCACCUGCCGUAUUCAAACUGCCAGCUUCUUGGUUAGCAGCUGUAGCACUUAACGACUUCGCCACCACGGUUUCCUUGUUGCUGUUAGGUGCUGUCAAUUAGGUUCCGACUCAUCGUGACCCUGUAUGUACAGCAGAACAAAGCACUGCCCGGUCCUGUGCCAUUCUCACAAUCAUUAUUCAUCUCAUUGAGGGGCUUCCUCUUUUCCGAUGACCCUCCACUUUACCAAGCACGAUGUCUUUCUCCAGGGACUUCUCCAUCUUGUUUACUUCUUGUAAUAACCCUGUGAGGUGAGUGGUGGGAUCCUCACCAACAAUUAUGAAACUGAACCCCAGGUUAAGGAACCGCUACCUGAAAAUGCACCAUGAGGAACUACGCUUAGAAGGCAAGUGCUGGGGAUCAGGGAGCCCCAGGUCCUCAGGGCCGGGCAGUGCUACCCAGAGCACCGGUUCCCUGAUGGGGAGAGAGGCUUCCCGUGAGGAGCCUCGAAUGUGCGUAUUUAUGCUUCUGCAUGGUAGACCCUCUUUGGGGGCCUUGUCAGUUAAUGAGCACCUCUAGUGCCAGCAGCGUGGCCAUUCCUUUUGGGGAAAGAAUCGAGGGGCUUUCCAGGUGGUUGUGCGCUAGAUUCUGGUUUGAAUUACCGUGAGUGACAGUACCCUAGUCUUGGUUUUCCCACCAGCUUCUCCUUGCUCUGCCGACUCAUAGCCCUUUAUUCCUAUUCUUGGACCUCCAAAGAAACAGUGUAAUCAAAGUUUCCACAAACCCAGCAUUGCUGGGAAUAUCCCCUCGCGUGUUUUCAUUCUAGAACUUUCAGGCCUGGGACCGAUCCCUCUCCUGGGUGCUUCUUUUUGCUUCAUUUGGCUUUCCUCCUUCUCCGGUCCUUACGGGGACAACCCAGGGAACAAGCUGGGGUGGUGUGGUAGGUCAAGAAAGUAAUGUUGCAAAGCAGAGCUUAUAUAAAAUCUGGAGAGGUUAUUUCCUGGAAUUUAGUUUUGUAGAAAAAAGAAGUUUCUUCCUGAAAGUAUCUGCAGCUUCACACAGCAACCUCUUUGCCGCAGCUGUCCCCAGCUUAAUUUUUGUCAUGAGCACAUGCUGUCCCUGCAGGUCUCCAUCCGCUGGUGGAGAAGCUGCUUGGCAGGGUCUCGGUGUCAGGACCUAACACCCUAACACCGCAGUGAGACGAGGGCGAGGGAGGAUGGUGGCAACGCAAUUGCCAGCGUCCACCCUGCAAAGGCUGACCUUGGGGGUGGGGGGGCUUGAGAGGAUGCUGCCUCCGAGGUCACUGGGAGCGUGGCCUCUGGACACCACCCACCCCUGGCCGAGCCCCUGCGAAACUGAAGAAUGUGCCUGUUCAUUUGCUCCCAUGGGAGCGCUGUGACCCUGCCCUGAGCCACAUAGGUAGGGAACCUGCAGCAGGUGCUGGGGCCACUUGCGGAGGUGCCAAUCACUGUGUGACAUUUCCCAGGGGGAGGAGGUGGUCCCUUCCGCCUCAUCCGCAUCUGGCAGCUCGUUAGAGCUUGAGGGGGCACCUGAGAUGUAGUGUCGUGUGCAGGGUAGUAUCAUCCAGUGAUCCACACAUCUCCGUUGGUGCUGCAGUCCCUCGAACUGCCUCGUGGGAAGUGCAGACUUAACCCCUUCACAGUCCUGCCUGCCCUGAUCUUCUGCCCGCUGGCUGCAGUGUCAGCCCAGGCAUCCACCUGUGUGGCGCGUUCUGCCUAAGCUCAUGUGGGUGGCUGAGGGGACACUAGUUUGUGCUCUGUGCAGUGUGUGAAGCUGCCACAGAGCAUGCAAGCCCCACUGCCUGCCCUUCGCACUCCGAAGACACUCCUGCCUCCCUGGAGGCCAGUGGGAGCCCAAGCCAGCCUAUGUUCCCAGAAGCCCUGCAAGAGCAGAUGUCCUCCAGGUGCACGCACAGGCUCUGCCCUCCAGAAUCUCACACCUGGCCUCGAGGCAGCUCAGGGCUGGUGAGAGCAAUCAGGAUUCCUCCGCUUACUGCCAAGCCAGGUGCCAACCUCUGACGCUGUCGUCAGCACCAGACAGACUCGGCAGAUUUGGGGAUGCUUUUCUGAAAUUACAGCAGAACAUGGGGAAGAUGAUCCGUUUGAUGAUACUUCCUCUCCAGUCAGCUUUCAGGAACAUGUCUGUUUGCAAAGCAGGUCGUUGGGUAUGUGCAUGUCAGAAAAGGAAGGGGAUUUUGAAUAUUUGACAAAUUAUGCUUCUCUCUUGUUUUUUUUUUAUUCUCUAGGAUGAUCUUUGUUUAAAGCCCCUGCUUUGCUCCCAGGUGUUCGAAGGGAAGCCUUGCAUCUUUUCAGUCCCUGUGCCGUGAGGAGGAGGAAACACAUUUUCGUUUGCUGAGAGCUGUCUGGAGUAUAUUUAAGCGGCUAAUAGUUAGCUUUGAAAACAGAUGUGUAACCAGGCAUUACAUACAUUUGUCAGUUUGGAUCCUUAGCUACACCCCUAGAGAAGCCUAGAAGGGUCAGUUAUAACAGCUCGAAACCAGUUCUCGUGGCGUCAGCUCUGAUUCACAGCAACCCCAUGUGUGUCAGAGUAGGACUAUGCUCCCUGGGGGUUUUAAUGGCUGAUUUUUCUAUAUCACUUGGCCUUUUUUCCAUGGUGCCUGUAAGUGGACUUGAACCUCUAACCUUUCAGUUAGCAGCCAAGUGUGUUAACUGUUUCACCACCCAUAAAAACCAUUGCCUUUGAGUCGAUUCCAACUCAUAGCAACCCUGUAGGACAGAGUAGAACUGCCCCGUAGGGUUUCCAAGGGUGUAAUCUUUAUGGAAGCAGACUGCCCCAUCCUUCUCCCAUGGAGCGGCUGGUCAUUUUGAAUUGUGACCUUUCUCGUUAGCAGCAGAGCACUUAAACCACAGCACCACCAGGGACUCCUAUAACCUUACGAGGUACGUAAGUAGAAGAGGAAAGGACCUGGAUUAGCUGAUCAUCGAGAGCCCACCUCCAUCCAGUUCUCUGGCAUGUGGCCUCUCUGGUCCUUUCCCUCUCCCAUUCUGUCCAUUUGGAAGAGUCAGGGUAGAGCCGACACCAGGGGCAGAGCUUCUGCUGUCACAGAGCUCAUCCCUGCCCCCUUGCCUGAGGGGAAAGUCUUGUUUACAGGUGGAAAAGGUCAGGGCGUACUGUGCUUAGGAGGCUGUUCCCAGCAAGAGACCUAGCUUGGGGGUGGGGGUGAGGGGUAGACGCUGCAAUCACAUGUCUCGCAAUCAGAGUUGGUUCGUCCUAUUCUCUGCCCCACCUGGGAAGCUCAGAGUACUGGGAUCCUGUCAGUCCAGGAGAAGGGGACUGUGCUUGUUAAGGUUGUGUGUCAACUUGGCUGGGCCGUGGUACUCAGUGGUUUGGCAGGAGCCAUUUCCUUGAGAUAAAUCUCUCUCUCUCUCUUUCUUUCUCUGGUUUUACUUGUAGAGAACUCAGCGUGUGACAGGGACCGCCUGCUCCCUGGCGGGGGUGGGAGGAGAGUGGGCAUGAAAAUCUCUCUCUGCCAGGGCAGCGAAGAUUGGCCGUGUUUUUUUUUUGUCAGAGACACUGCCCCUGGUUUUUGCGGAAACACUGGAAACUUUAAGAUGCCUCGGGAUGAGACACAUUCAGAACAGUUUUUAAAAUGCCUUUUGUAUGUCACAUGGAAAAUUUAUUUUUUAAACAAUAAAACUGUUUUACCAAAAUCUA